CUUAGUUUGACAGAUGUGACAGUUGUGCAACAUGCGCCUGCUGCCAUGUCUCAUCCUAUCUGUCAUUACCGCUUUCACAACUCGCACGUGGUUGGCUCCUGCAUCUCCAGAGGCUCAACAUCAAGUGCGAUUAGGCCGACGAAGAGUGACGGCGUUGGUUUCUGCCGGAGCAGGGCUGUCGAGUUCUGCAGAGGCGAAGGACCUUUUGGUGGAAGAGCCACUAAUCUACUGCGGCGGUGGAUUUUGUGCAGCUUUUCGUUUGGGUGGACAGCUGUUCCGCGGCGUGGUGGAUACUGGCAGUCCCUUUCUUUUAGUAAGCACUUGCGAGGGUGACAGCUGUGCCUCCUAUUGCAGGGCCUGGGGCUGUACCUCCGGGAAAGCAGGAGAACCAUCAGGUUUGAAGGACACUGAUGAGUUGUUUGCUGCUGGCCUGGCACGCGUAAGCUGGAAGAGGGGUUCUUUGGCACUGGGCAAUCUCAACUUUGGGUCUGUCACCUACGGUGCCAUGCUGGAGGUGGAGUCGUACGGUGGCAACGGAGGUGGCGCUUUCUUGGGCCUGGUGCGGGACAAAUCCCCCAGGAUCCGACCCACACUUCUUGGCCAAACCUCUGUGAGGACUGUCACUGUUGACCUGCGGUCUCCUGGACAGGAGCGACUGCUUCUUUCAGGCGGUGCACCUGCUGCAGGUACAUCGCCAGCAGCAACAGCUUUGCGAGUGGCCGGACAACCUGUUGACCUGCCAACGCCUUUGGUUGCAGUCUUGGACACUGGCACAACAGGCCUUGGCCUUCCUUCCGCGAUUUUCGAGAGCUACGACCAGCUUCGUAGAGAUACAGCUCAAGAGUUUGGCCUGCAAAAGGCACAGGCAGUCGAUUUGCUGCUUCGUGCGGAGGAUGGCUCCGAGUUUGCCCUCAGUAUGCGGCCGGGCCGGCAGAAGACCUAUGGUCAAGAUCGCUUUGAUAUUGUCACUGCACUGCCUGAACCAUCAGGCAUGAAUGCCGAUGCUUCUGCACUUUGGACUGGACAAGGUCUUUCAGAUGCUCAGCCAAUGCAGCUGCGCGAUGGCAACUUCAUUGCUCAGGCACCAACAUCUUCCGUUGGAUGGGCACAAGCUGACAGGCCGGUCAGUCAAGGUGACCGUUUCCUGGUGAGACUGCUUCCAUCUGGGCCAGGCCGUUUGCCAUGCAAUGGCUCGGUGGGUUUGGCACCUCGGGGUGCCCGCCUCACUCAGGACAUGGCUGCCUACGGCACUUCAGAAGGCAAGCUCCAGCCCGGUGAUCUGGUCGAAUGCCGCUUGGCAGAUGAUGGUUCCGGCGAGGUGUCCUGGCGAGUGAAUGGCAAAGAGGCCAUUUCAUCUCAACGGACCCUGAGCACAGCUCGCAUGGUUUACCCCACCGUGGAAUUAUCUGCUGGUUGUGAUGCAGAAUUGUUGUCUUCGCCUUUGGGAAGCUCAAUGGAUGAAGGUCAACAAGGUAUGGGAUGGGCAAAGGCUCCAGAAGGUGCAAAGGCAAAAAAGAAGCCCCCAACGGUGCUGUUCUUGGGGCUUGGUUUCUUGUUGGGCAGACAAGUUAGCAUCGACACAGUGGCGAAUCGCGCCAUAUUCGCUUGAAGCUUCGGAGAGAGAGAGAGAUGUUGAAGCCUUGUGCAUCCUCUCGAAGUGCGAAGCAUACCAA